GAAUGACAUACUUUCGCGAGAGCCGCAUAGCGGCAGAGAGAGAGAGAGAGAGAGCGCGCGCUAGGUAGGGUUUGCGCUACUGUCAAUGCAGCAGUGUGUUGCAACAGUAGCGACAGCGGCAACAACAGUAUGUGGGCAGUGAGCGAAUGCGGCGAACAAGACGAAAUGUCAGAAAUAGACAAAUGAGGCGAGCAAAGAAAAGCGGAGAAUAUUUGAAAUAGCCAGCCACUAGGCAGUUUGUAGUUAUUGUUGGUUAUUGUGCUGCGGCGAGCGAUAGAAACGCGAGCAUAUUUCGUGUCGUGUGUGUUUUGUUGUGCGACAAAGUGAAAAAUUGCUAAUAAACAAAAUAAAUUGAAACAAUCAAUUGCUUAAAUAUACGAAGAAUCUCAAUGAAAACGCGAAGCGUGUGUAUAAACAAAGGCAAACCAAAAAAAAAUAUAUACAUAUAUUAAAAAGACAAAAGGAAAGUGACAAAUGCAACGAAGCAGAAAAAUGUGUACAGUGUAUAAAAUAAAAUAUGAAAAAAAUUAUAAAAAGUGUGAAUUGAAGAUGCAAAAAAAAGCAUUAAUAAAUAUUUAUUGAUGCUACAAAUUUCAUUAAACAAAUAAAGAAUCGCAUGAAAAAUGUGGAACGUGUUAAAAGUUGAGUGCUUGUGUUCAAAAAUAAAAUUCUAAAAUUAAUUACAUAUAUCUGAAGAUAUAUAUACAUAUAUAUAUAUACAUAAAUAUAUACAUAUGUGCAUGUAUGUAUAUAAAUACCGAUAAAAAAAAAACUCCGUUGAAAGAAAAAACACAUACUCUGGAUUAAGUGCAACUCUACCGAAAAUCGCUCUCAAAUUCGGGAUUACUGCUGUGCUUGGAUUGAACGCCAAAAUAACAACGGUUGUUAGAAAACUGGAAGCUUACCGUGUGAAAAAUUUUAACGGUAAACUAUGUGCGCUAUGAAUGGCAACUGUGUGCUGUAACCGGUGUCGCCACAAAUAUUUAAUUCCAGAAAUUAAUGUACAUUACUUGCUUGCAACAAAAAUGUAAAUGAGACAAGAAUGGCUAGAAGAUUCUGCGAUUCUGAAAAUUCGUCUUUUGCCAACAAACUCGUGUGCAAUAACCGCAAAAUGCGCAACCACAAAACGGCAAAUUGAAACCAAACAUAUGUGAACAGCAUUUGCUGGCGUGCCGCAAGCAAAUUAGGCGUCAUACAGCAACAACAAUAAAAUUUUGUCACACGUCAUCGAAUAUUUUCUUAGUCAAACACCAGUUGCUCGAACCAGCAACCCAACAUGUAUCGCUUAAAUGUGCAACAACAGCAACAACAAUCUCAACAGCAAUCCACGUCGUCAGCGUCGACGUCGAAUGCCAAAACAUCGACACAAACGUCGACUACAAGCGCUGCCGCUGCCGCCGCCCCCACCACUACCACCAUCAUACCCAGUCACAUUUUGCUGCAACAACAAUUGGCAGCUGCAGCCGCUGCCGCUGCGGCCGGCGUCAAUCAGCCACCGGCUACAAUUGCUGCAACGCAUCUACUCAGCGUCGCCGCCAUUGCCAGUGGUGAAGUGAGUAAUGCGCUCGAUUUGAAUGGUCUCCAUCAACAGCAACGUACACUCAUCCAUCAGCCGCGGCAAGCGCAUGUCACACAUCAUCAACGUCUGCAUGCCAACAACAACAACAAUCACAAUACCACCAGCAUUACGCUCGGUGAGAAGCCCACAAUCAUAACGAAUGUUUUGGCCGCAUCGGUGGAGGAGAAAAUUAAAAUCAUUUCGACUGCCAUUAAAACGGAGCCACUGCACGAAGUCAUUGCGUUGACGAAGAAUUCCUCGGCGCCAGCAACGGCUGUGGCGGCGCCAACGUCAGCGUCUCUGACUGCCGUUAACAGUAGUAGUUCUCACAGCAACUUCAGCAAUACUAGCAUUAAUCGUAACAGCAAUAAUAAUACUCUAAGCAACAGCAACAGCAACAAUAGCAAUAACAAUCACGGCAAUACGGGCCACAACAACAAUUCGAACAACAGUAAUAAUAUAAUCGCACUCACUGUCAGCACAUUGCCGUCAACGGCAUCCUCAACCAGCGGUACUUCCAUUUCCGUUGCUGCCAAUAAGUCUUCUUCCACCGUGAGCAAUGCAACAACCAUAGCUGUGAGUCCGCUAAAUAAUGUGAACACCAUAAAUUUAGUUGUUGGUGGUGGCGGUGCUGCUGCGGCUGGUGGUGUUUCCGGCGCUGCAUCUACGUCCAGCGGCGGUGCGGGCGGCGGCACUUUGGUAAUAACAACUGGCGGCAAUCACAGUGCAACGGCGUCAUCCUCUUCCGCGGCAGCUGCUAGUGGUAAUGCCGGCAGCGGCACUGCCAAUGGACAUCUGGUCUUUGUGCCCAAGCGCGCCCGUUUGGAAUGUCCUCCAAGUAACGAGGAAUGGAUUUCCACUUCUAGUCCGGGUAGUGUGCCCAGUUCAGCGCCACCAUUGAGCCCAUCACCGGGUUCACAGAACCACAGCUACAGCGCGAAUAUGUCGAAUGGCUACGCAUCACCGAUGUCGGCAGGCAGCUACGAUCCAUAUAGUCCCAAUGGUAAACCAGGCCGCGAUGAUCUCUCACCGUCGAGCAGUCUCAACGGCUAUUCGGCUAAUGAAAGUUGUGAUGUCAAAAAGAUCAAAAAAGGCCCGGCGCCGCGUCUACAAGAAGAAUUAUGUCUGGUGUGCGGUGAUCGGGCAUCCGGCUAUCAUUACAAUGCGCUCACCUGCGAAGGUUGUAAGGGUUUCUUUCGGCGCAGCGUUACGAAGAAUGCUGUGUACUGUUGUAAAUUCGGGCGCUCCUGUGAAAUGGACAUGUAUAUGCGACGAAAAUGUCAAGAGUGUCGUAUGAAGAAAUGUCUGGCGGUGGGUAUGCGACCCGAAUGUGUGGUGCCGGAGAAUCAAUGCGCUAUGAAGCGACGUGAGAAGAAGGCGCAAAAGGAGAAAGAGAAACAAACUACUGGUAAUUCGCCGAUCAUAUGUAAAAGCGAAUCCAUUAAGAAUGAAAUACUCGAACUGAUGAACUGUGAACCGCCGUCGCAUCCAACAUGUCCGUUGCUACCUGAUGAUAUUGUGGCCAAGUGCAAGGCGAGCAACAUUCCGCCGCUCACGCGUAACCAGUUGGCGGUCAUAUACAAAUUGAUCUGGUAUCAGGAUGGCUAUGAACAGCCAUCGGAGGAAGAUCUGAAGCGUAUUAUGAGCACCCCCGAUGAAAACGAAAGCCCGAAUGAUAUCAGCUUUCGGCAUAUAACCGAAAUUACCAUUUUGACAGUACAACUUAUUGUGGAGUUUGCAAAAGGUUUACCGGCAUUUACAAAAAUUCCACAAGAGGAUCAAAUCACGUUGCUGAAGGCCUGCUCAUCGGAAGUGAUGAUGUUGCGUAUGGCCCGACGUUACGAUCACAAUUCGGAUUCCAUAUUCUUCGCCAACAAUCGUUCAUAUACGCGUGAUGCGUACAAAAUGGCCGGUGUGGCCGAUAAUAUUGAGGAUCUAUUGCAUUUUUGUCGGCAGAUGUACUCGAUGAAGGUCGACAACGUCGAAUACGCUCUCCUCACUGCCAUUGUGAUCUUCUCCGAUCGGCCGGGACUUGAAAAGGCCGAACUAGUCGAAGCGAUACAAAGUUACUACAUCAAUACGCUGCGCGUAUAUAUAAUUAAUCGACAUUGCGGCGAUACAAAGAGUCUGGUAUUCUUCGCGAAAUUACUCUCCAUACUAACUGAACUGCGCACGCUUGGCAAUCAGAAUGCCGAAAUGUGUUUCUCAUUGAAAUUGAAGAAUCGUAAACUGCCGAAAUUCCUCGAAGAAAUCUGGGAUGUACAUGCGGUGCCACCAUCCGUGCAAUCACAUAUACAGGCGACGCAAGCCGAACGCGAAAGUCUGGAGGCCAAUGCCGCAGUUGUCGCCACCACAUCCACAUCAGCCGCUGCAAGUUCAUCCUCCGGCUCACCCACUGACAUGGUCAGCGGUGGUUUUGCAAAUCACUCGCCCAAUUCCACAUCGGUCUCAUCGAGCGCUAUCGGCAUGAACGGUGGUCUGUCGUCAGCGACGACGCCUGGUACGCCAAGCUUAUACGGCAUGCCACUCAAACAGGAGUAUAUAAUGGGUCCGGGUAGUGGCAUCGGCAUUGGCGGCAAUCUGACGCUCAAGUCAGAGCAUUUAAUUGGCAUGCAGCUAUCGGGCGACCAUCACAUGAUGGGCAUACAGCUAAAGCAGGAGCAUAUGAUGGGUGGUGUGGAUCACAAUACGGCGGCAUAGCACCACGCGCACAUGCAACAACAAACGCUGCUGCUCGGUGGCAGUAGUGAAUGUGGUGGGGGUGGUGGCGGUGUUGUUGGCCGCAUGUUGCACGACAAUGACGUUCAUAUGGAUGACAGCAUGGAUGAUGCAAUGGAUGGUGGUGAUGUCGUUGUUAGCGGCGGUCAAGGGCUCGAAUGAGCUGGGUAGCAGCGCAGCUAGUGAGGAAACACCGCAAUUGCUUGUGAUGCACGCCGCUUGCGUAGCGCCCAUAUUUAUUUUUUGGGUUUUAAUAUUAAGCUUUCGUUUGUUGUUAAGCGUUGGGGUAUGGGCGCUGCCUAGCGCAGUUGUUACGCAAGGCAAUGCGUUGCAGUUGGAAUUUGUAUGGCAGCUAGACAUGCAAUCAAGAAAAUUUUAGUGUACUUGGUCGGCAUAGAAAUGUGUGCGUGUACCGUUGUAUGUAUGUAUAUGGUGGCGUGUACUUUAAAUUUUGUUGAUUUACGGUACGUACGCUACAACAAAAACUGCAGUUAUUUAGUGAUUAAGUGAGCGCGCGCGCAAGCGUUGCGGCAUGCACCAUGCGGUGGUGGCAAAACACAAAAAAAAAAAAAAAAUAUUAUAGAAAAAUAGAAAAACACACACACACGCAGUUUGUUACAUUAAAGUAACGCAGCAUACUUGUAAAUUAUUAUCAAUGCUACUGUACUGUCGUCAUUUUGUAUUUAUAUAUAUAAUAUUUAAACAAUGGGAAAGUGUUGUUGUUGAUGGCAGACGUUGUGUUGUUUCUUACUUGUUUGUUUGGCAGCAAAGUUGUAUAAGCAAAUUGAAGUGCGAGGCGAAAGGUGUACAUGAGAAAAACAUAUAAAUACAAUUAUUGUAAAAACGGAGCAAAAUUACUAUGCGCUUAGUAUGUAAUUAAUAAAAUAAUACAUAUAACAAACAAA